AUGCGCCUCUACCCAUGUCUUAAGAAGCUAGGCCGGCUGGCUGGUGGAGCAGCAAGUGGAUGCAGAGGGGAGUUCACCACCAAGAGCCCGGCAAUGGGAAGUGCAAGUGGGUGGGUGGAGGGGAAGGUCGGUUUGAGACAAUACAAGGAGACAGGGAAGGGGAUGGGGGAAAGCAGGGAACGGGAUGGGGGGAAGCAGGGAAGGGGAUGGGGGGGAGCAGGGCAGAGGGUAGGGGGAAGCAGGGAAGGGGAUGGGGGGAAGCAGGGAAGUGGAUGGGGAGAAGCAGGGAAGGGGAUGGGGGGAAGCAGGGAAGGGGAUGGGGGGAAGCAGGGAAGGGGAUGGGGGGAAGCAAGGAAAGGGAUGGGGGGAAGCAGGGAAGGGGAUGGGGAGAAGCAGGGCAGGGGGUGGGGAGAAGCAGGGAAUGGGAUGAGGGGAAGCAGGGCAGAGGGUGGGGGGGAGCAGGGAAGGGGAUGGGGGGGAGCAAGGCAGAGGGUGGGGGGAAGUAGGGAGCGGGAUGGGGGGAGCAGGGCAGAGGGUGGGGGGAAGCAGGGAAGGGGAUGGGGGGGAGCAGGGAAGUGGAUGGGGAGAAGCAGGGAAGGGGAUGGGGGGAAGCAGGGAAGGGGAUGGGGGGAAGCAGGGAAGGGGAUGGGGGGAAGCAAGGAAAGGGAUGGGGGGAAGCAGGGAAGGGGAUGGGGAGAAGCAGGGCAGGGGGUGGGGAGAAGCAGGGAAUGGGAUGAGGGGAAGCAGGGCAGAGGGUGGGGGGGAGCAGGGAAGGGGAUGGGGGGGAGCAAGGCAGAGGGUGGGGGGAAGUAG